AUGCCUCCAAGCUUGUCCACCGAGCAAUAUGCAGAGACCCUUCUCGUUGUUUUUAUCAAUUUUUUUAUCUGCUUUUUUGGCCUACUCUUCACUGCUCUCUCAUUUUUCACAAUCCAACACGCUCCAAUAUUUGAUACCCAUCAACGAAUAUUAUUUCUGAACCAUUCAGGCUUAAACUUUUCCGGAAUACUGAUUUAUUUCCUAUGGGUCACUCCGGCAACUUACACACAAUCCGUAGAGGCUGCCGGCUCGAUUUUCGGAAAAAUUAUCGGCCAAAUAUAUACUUUCAUCUGGAUUUCUAUUAUUUGGUCUCACAUUUUGCUCAGUUUAUGCUCUCUGUUGUCCGUACACAUUCCAUCCAGAAAUCAAUCGAUAUUCUCCCGCCAAAACUGCAUUUUCUGCCUAAUUUUCAUAUUUUCUCUGAGCUUUUUCGAAAUUGGCCCACUUUUUGCCUACGAGACCUGCUUUAUCGCCUACCAGCCUGCCACGUGGCAAUGGUCGGCGCCUACAAAAAAAUCCUGUGCCACCUACAGGCUUCUGGUGCUCCAGCUGCUCAGUGACCUUCUGCUCGUGGUUACUGUAGUUGGAAACUGCGCCACAUGGAUUUUCGCAGUGGUCAAAAGGAAAAAUUUGAGAAAUCCUAAAGAAUUCCGGCUAUUUUUAAUGAUUUUCGCUAGAAAUUUAGGAUUUUUGAUUUUCGCCACAUUAUCAAGCUUUUGCACUGGUUUGGUUAAGCAGCAAUGGAAAAAAUAUGCACUCACCAGCCUGAGUUGGCAGGUUUAUCACCUUUUUGACAGGCUUCAGGCCAAUUUGGGCCCAAAAUUUGAAUUGUCGAAACCUAGUCAUGAUUAUACAUAUUUAAAGUGCCUUGUCUUGCUAAUUUCAAAAAUAUAA